AUGGGAUAUCUUUUAGCGUCAAAUACAUACAAUGUACCUAAAAGUUCAUUAGAAGAUCGUAUAAAGAAGAUAAAACGUGGAAAAUCAAAAUAUGAAGUGUUCCGAAAGUGCCCUGCUACUGAAAAAUGCGUAUUUACUGAUGAGUUGGAAGGUAUGUUAGUCGAACAUAUCAAAAUUAUGGAAUCUCGACUAUUUGGCUUGACUAAAACAGAUCUGCGACGUUUGGCAUUCCAAUUAGCUGAGAGAAACAAUUUAAACCAUCCUUUUAAUAAAGAAACUGGACUCGCUGGCUUAGAUUGGGUUAGUGGAUUUCUAAAACGACAUUCUGAAUUGUCGCUAAGAUCACCUGAAGCUACAUCAGCUGCAAGAGCAAUGGGAUUUAAUAGGUCUGUAGUGUCAUCAUUUUUUAAUCUUUUGGAUACACUUUAUGUUAAGCACGCUUUCAAUUGCACGCGAAUUUAUAACAUGGACGAAACUGGAUUGACCUCUGUACCAAAAAAAAAAUAG